AUGCUCGAGUCCCCGGAGAAGUCUACGCCAACGUUGAAAAGUGUAACCGCACUGAAGAGCAGCCCAACGCUGUCGGCCGGUCGAGCGAAUGCGGCCAAGAAGUUUUCCGGUACAGGAGACUACAAGCUGACGCUGAACCGGUUGAAGGUCGAAUUCGAGAAGCGAUACAGCAAUCCGAAGGUGUCCAGCGAGGCUCGGCUUGAAGACUACGACGUGCUUAAAACUCUCGGAACCGGUGCCUUCGGAGUGGUGAAAUUAAUACGCAAGAAGAAUACCGAGCAGUACUUUGCGAUGAAGGUCCUGUCCAAAGAGAAGAUUGUACGGCUCAAGCAACUGACGCAUACACUCAAUGAAAAGCGGAUACUGCAAAGUGUCGAUUUUCCCUUUUUGGUCAAUCUUGAGUGUUGCUACAAGGAUAACUCCUUCAUCUAUCUAGCGAUGCCUUUCAUCUCCGGUGGUGAAAUGUUUUCGUUGUUGAGAAAGUCGAAGCGGUUUGGUGAAGACCAAGUUAGAUUUUACGGCGCCCAAGUAGCGCUAGCUUUAGAAUAUCUGCACCAUAUGAACCUCGUCUAUCGUGAUUUAAAGCCGGAAAAUAUACUUAUUGACACAAAGGGCUACGUGAAGAUUACAGAUUUUGGUUUUUGCAAGAUUGUAAAAGACCGAACGUGGACACUUUGUGGAACACCAGAAUAUUUGGCUCCGGAAAUUAUUCAAUCCAAAGGAUACGGAAAAACCGUUGAUUGGUGGUCAUAUGGCAUCCUCCUGUAUGAAAUGGUAGCCGGUUAUGCUCCGUUCUACUCUCGCACCGGGGACCAGAUAGCUCUGUUCGAGCGAAUCUGCAAAGGACGCGUUCGUUAUCCAACGCACGUUAGCAGUGAACUUCGUAGCCUGAUCCAGAACUUACUGCAAGUUGACAUUACGAAACGGUACGGCAAUAUGAAGAACGGUACUACUGAUAUCAAGCAACACGUGUGGUUCCGUACAACCAACUGGAUUAUGCUCCUAAACGGGGAUAUUACUGCACCUUUCAUUCCACAAGUUAGCGGUCCGGGCGAUGCUUCCCAAUUUGAGAUUUACGACGAGCAAGAUAUAAAAGUAGCGUCAAAGUGUUUGUUCAUUAAAGAAUUCGCGGAUUUUUAA